CCGAAGCAAUUUUUCAAAAUGUCAGUCGAAUGUAAACUACUGCACGACUGCCCCGACUUUCUUAGAGGUGCAGUCGAAAUAUUGAACUCAGAAUGGAAAAUGUCACAGGCAGCAAGAGAACACGCAAUUAGUCGUUCGUCUGACGACUUGCCUUGUUCUCUGCUCUUGGUGAGUGAAGGCGACGAGGUCAUUGGACACGCCAGGAUAUCGGCCGUCGUCGGCAUUCCGUCCGGUGUUUUUAUAGAAUCGGUUGUUGUGGCUAAGCGUUUGCGUGGGCGUGGCUACGGGAGAACAAUUAUGGAGGAAUGCGAGAAAUUCGCUCGCAGAAUGAGAAAAGACACAUUGUAUCUCUCUACUCACGACAAGGAAGCAUUUUAUAGACACCUCGGCUAUACCUCUGGUCCAAUUGUAUCUCCUUUGGGCCAGAGCAGUAAACUGAUCAGUCACGAUCAGCUCUUAGGCUUGGCAGCAUCAUUUGGAAAUUUGAGAACUACUGGAACAGAGAAUGAAAGAGCUAGUGGGAUAGAAAAUGGAGAAGAGAAUAGAGAUGUGAAUGACUGUAAUGAGCAGACAACUAAUGCUGUUAUUCAUCCAUCUCACUCAUCUGCACCUCCACCUCCACCUCCACCUCUGCCUAGAGUUUGUGCAAGCAGCCAGUCACCACAACAAGUACAAGUUUGGCUCAGAAAGAUAUUAAUAUGAUUAUAAUCUGAUGUUAUUAUGUAUAAAGCAAAGAAAUGGUGAUUUCAAUAGGUAAUGGUUGAAAGUACUACAGUAGACCUACUUUAGCUUAGUUGUAGAGAAUCAAAUAAUUCUUAUCUCAAUCGUUUUGAAUAGACUUUAGUAGCUUAUAGAGAAACAAAGAUACUUUGAACGCAAAUCUUGAAAAUGGAAACCUUGGCAUAAAAUAUUAAUUAUUAUUAGUUAUUACA